AUGACCAAUAAUCCUGCGAUGCUAGAGGAUGCUCAGGCAGGGGAGUACUGCGAUCUGGAACUAGAGUGCGAGGGAAAGAAACUCACCGUCCACAAAAUCGUGGUAUGCAACAAGUCGGGGGUGAUCAAAAAAGCGUGCAAGGGCCAUUUCGUGGAAGGUAGAACCAACACAAUCAGAAUUCAGGACUUCUCCAGCGUCACUGUCAAACGCUGGAUUGAGUACAUGUACGUCGGCGACUAUGGGCUGGACAAUCAGUUGGAGUGGAUAUCAGAGCUUGCCAGGAUCACUGAUAACGCCUGCGAUUCUAUCGAACCUGUGUCUCCCACCACCUCCUCCGCCGGGUCCGUGCUGGACGCUACAGCCUCGACAACGCCCACUACUGCGGAGGUUUUGCGUCCUCACCUUGAAAUGAGUACGAUUGCGCAUUAUUACAUGAUGCCCGAACUCGAAGCCCUGGCCCUCCAAAAGAUAAGGACAUCGUUGGCGCAGCCCUGGUCGCCCGCCGGAGUGGACGAGUUGAUUCCAGAGCUUUGCCCUAAGAUUCGCGAUGAAGCUACUCUGCAGCAACUCUGCGAGAUGGUCAUUGACCAUAUCGAAACUUUUGAGAAGAGCGAGAGCCUCUUCCCCGAUCGAUUCUCGAGGCGAGUCAUCGCAACUCUGAGAGAACGCAUGGGACACAUCAAACAGCAGUUGAAUGAAGCGACACUGUCUUUCGGCAGGGAGCAAAUGACAUUGAAGACACAACUCCUUAAUUCCGACCAGAGAUUCCGGACAUUGAAGAGUAAUCUCGAGAACAUCAAAGACGUGCCCGAAUGCCGCCACUGCUCGAAGACAUUCCAUGUCCAGCUCGAGCUCGGUGGGGAGGACAGCUCGAUUUGCACAUUUCAUGGUUGGGCUGGGGAAGAUUUGAAUACGUGCUAUUUGAUGUAUCGUCACUGA